AUGAGGAACAACAAGUGGACUGGGAAAUUCAAAAAUGGCAGGCUUGUGAUUCAUUUAGGCAAGGCCUGCAGAUCGUGGAUCAGUGAAGGGAGAGGCGUUAUCCCUGCUUCGCUGCCGGUGUUGGUCACCGAAAGUGGUUUAUUUGUUAAACUUGAUCAAGCGGCGGUGCCCAAAACCCUAGGUGACUUCACUAGUAAAGAAAAUUGGGACAAGUUCUUCACUAUUCGAGGCACCAACGACCCUUUCGAGUGGUACGCUGAGUGGCCCGAGUGGCCCUACCCGCUCCUCUCCCACCUCCCGCCGAAUGCUGACGGCGGCGACGCCGCUCCUCAGCUGCUUAUCCCCGGUUGCGGGAACUGCGGGAACUCUGAGCACCUCUAUGACGCCGGAUACACUGGACUCACCAACAUUGACUUCUCCAAGGUCGUCAUCUCCGACAUGCUCCGCCGCAACGUCCGCCUCCGCCCUCACAUGCGGUGGCGCGUCAUGGACAUGACCAACAUGCAGCUUGAAGACGAAAUUUUUGAUGCAGUUAUUGAUAAAGGUGGAUUAGAUGCUUUGAUGGAGCCAGAGCUUGGCCCUAAGUUGGGAAAUCAGUAUCUCUCAGAGGUAAAGAGAGUUUUGAAACCAGGGGGGAAAUUUUUGUGCCUUACCUUGGCUGAAUCUCAUGUACUUGGUCUACUCUUUUCGAAGUUCCGCCUUGGAUGGAAAAUGAGUGUUGAUUCCAUACCUAUGAAGUCUUCUAAUAAAUCUAGCCUUCAAACAUUCAUAGUUGUUGUGGAGAAAGAGCUGUCUACUUCAGUGCAUCAGAUUACAUCGUUACUUCAGGAUUCAACUCUUCAUUGUAGUUCAAAACAGGCUUCUGGACUCCAUGAAGCUCUAGAAAAUGAAAAUCAACUUCGUGAAAAAUACACCAGUAGCUCUCAUAUAUUAUACUCUCCGGAAGAUCUGCAAGGGGAACUGACAAAGCUUUCCCCAGGUCGACGAUUUCAGCUAACUUUGGGUGGACAAGGGUGCUCUAUUUUUACCUAUCAUGCUGUAGUUCUUGAUGCUGAGGAACACUUUGACUCAUUUACCUAUCACUGUGGGGUUUUCAUUGUGCCUAAGACACGUUCUCGUGAAUGGCUUUUCUUUUCUGAAGAAGGACAGUGGAUGGUAGUCAGAAGCUCAAAAGCAGCUCGUCUCAUAAUGGUUUUGUUGGAUACCAGCCAUAUAAAGGCCAGCAUGGAUGAGAUUCAGAAAGAUUUGUCUCCGUUGGUUAAACAGUUGGCACCUGCAGAAAAUGAGAAUGGAGCACAAAUACCGUAUGUAACUUAUACCCAAUUCCUUUAUUUGUAUCUCCCUUGGUUUUGGCCCAUUUAUUUAAGUAACCACUAUAUUCUAUUGAGGUGUUAAUGUAUGUAUUCCCAA